GCUGCAGUUUAGAUCUGUUCUACAUAGUCACUCACAUCCCCUUGAUUAAUUUAAAUCAAUAUUGAUCGGGUGCACACCAUCAACAUGUCUUUCUGUCGAUUUUUUGGCGGGGAGACCUACAAGGAUCAUUUUAAACCAGGCAUGUACGUGUGCUCGAAUUGUAACCAUCCACUGUUCUCGAGUCGCUCCAAGUUUGCUCACUCAUCACCGUGGCCCGCUUUCACCGAGACCAUCAGAGAGGACAGCGUGACCAAACUGAUGGAGAGCCUCACAGCUUUCAAGGUUCUAUGCGGCAAAUGCGGCAACGGGCUGGGUCACGAGUUUGUAAACGACGGGCCGGAAGAGGGGGUGUCCCGAUUUUGAAUAUUCAGCCACUCUCUCAAGUUUGUCCCCAAUAAAGGCAAGGACAAAUAUUAAAGAGCGAGUUUUCUCUGUUGUACAUGGCCAGUAUGAGCAUGUGACGCAGCCAGGAGAAAGUCCCGAGAAGGACAUCCUGUCUGCUGAAGUAUCUCAGACCAGCCACUUACACACAACAUGGAUGCUGGACCACAUCAAAAUACUGCUUUAGCAAAACACUAUACCUCAUAUCUAAAUUCAAGCAAGUUAUACACCACUUAAGGUCGAAGGUCAACAAAUGUUUCACAUGAUCUAUGCACUCUAUUUGGUCCUAUGCACAGUUUUUUUUUUUUUAAGAUAAUUUUUUGCCAUUGUCAUGUGAAAUACAGAACACUUCAUAAACAACUUUUGCAAUUGCAUCUGUAAUUUGAGUGCCGUUUGCCGGGUUGUCCUCUAGAGGAAGCUAUUCCUCCUUCAUUAGCUUGAGGCUAACCUGAUUCAAAAGUGUCCUUGUACAAAACACACUACUUACGCACUUC